UAUAAAAUCGUUUGUUUCAACUUAUAUUUCUUCAGGAAGUUAAUCGUUUGUCUAUUCGAAUUUAGUAGAUUUAUACUUAGGUCACUUUUAAUACUAAUAUGCAUUAUAGCAUAAAGAUAAAGUCAAUAAGAGUAAUUCGUAAAAUGGCUUUUUCAGUGCACAUUCAUUGUACUUUCCUGCAACGACAGGAAAAAAACAGUAAGCGCACUAUAAAAAGCGAUACGCUGUCGAUAAAUGUAACAAGAUCAGAUAAUGCUAUAAGUUAACAUAAAACAAACAAAAUGCGCAGUACGCCGCGCUUGGAGAGUUUUCAAACCACCCCGGUACCGAUGCCGGUGGCGGGAAAACGUGGAAAACGCGCGCAUGGGGUGGCGGUCGGCGCUCAUUCCGUGGUGAGGCGCCGCUCAAUCGAUACACCGCUUUUGUACGACAAAAUCAACAAUUUUACCUAGAAAAUAUUAUAAAUGAUACCUAACAGUUCCAUUAGAUAAUAUUCAGUGUGAUUGUUAUUCGUUGUGCUUGUGAUUUUGUAUAUCCAAGAUGUUUUACGUACCAUGAACAAGUGCGACGCAAAACUGCUUCAGCGUAGAGAUUACCUUCACAAAAUUGUUAGGCGUCGCUACCGCCGGAUUGUUUUCGUUGUGGACAGUUUGUAAGUGAAAUUAGAUGGGACGGUAGGCGGAAAUUACUGGAAGAACCAAGAUGGCGACGGCAGCUCCAGCGUCGUGCAUGAGCACCGACCAUGGGUGCGUCAUGUUCGACUGCCUGGUGCACAUCUGGGAGUGGCUUGAUCCACCUGCAGCCCAAAACCAGCAGUACCAAAUGGAGAAUAAAAAAGCUUUGCCGGCAACACAACAACCCCUCACCCAGCAACAUCUCAUGGCACAUCAUGUACACCCCGAACAAAUAUACACACAACAGCAUCCACAACUAUCCCACCUUAGUUCUUCACAAACUGGCCAAAUUCAACCAAAUGGCGUCAUGCACCAAUUACUACAAAGCCAGUAUCAUUCGAACAUGAAUGCACGGUCUCCGCUCCUAGAAAACCGUCACGAUUUAUAUGGCACUGGACAAAAUCUUGAUUAUAAUAUCAGGCAUUAUGGAGCAAAUGACAAUUAUAAUUACCCACAGUCGCCUCCGAGACACGAAAAGCCCGAAGUACACACAGACCUUAAUGUUAAUCACGAACUACUUCAUAGUAUGCCUAAGGGAUACAACGCGGAAGUGUAUCAAGAUUAUAUGAAACGCAACCCACCGAAAGAUACCAACCAAAUAUACCAAAAUCAUCAACCUAUGUAUAGGCCUAAUGUUAAUCCGAAUCAGUAUGGAUCAAAGCCAUAUCUUCCUUAUUCAAAUAGGAUAGGACCACAGAGUAAUACGGAAUUGUUACGAAGACAGUACAGUGAACUUCAGCAAAGAAAACUUCAACAGCAACUACAUUACCAAAAUCAGGCACAAAUGCAUCAGCAGCAGAAGUUUGCGGAAAGGCAAUUGUUGCUUCAACAGAUCCAUGGAGUUCAACCACCACCUAAUUUGCAAAAUAGUUUAUACUCUGAUGGUUCAUAUAGAGAUUUAGAUCGUUACAGCAGUAAGAACGAUUUUAAAGAGUAUAGCAGUCCCGAUAUACAGAAAGAUAUCGAUACUUAUGCUAAAAAUAACGAGUAUAAAGAAUACGAAAAACAGAAUAGGCAGUAUCAGGAAGCUCAAUGGCAAAAUCAACAAGCGAAAUACAGAGAACAGGACCAAUAUAGGGAACAUGAACAGUACAGAACGCAACAGGAACCUGACAAAGGGAACAUGCAGUCACCCUCUUCCGAUUACAACAACCAAAGUCAAAAGAAUAUCAGUGUUGUAUCACCGAUGAAGUCAAGUGAAUCUAGUUCUCCGAGUGUGAAAUCACCGUCUUCCGAAAGUAGGAGAAGUAGUGGAGGCAAUCAAGCACUACGAUCACCAAUAGCGCAACGGAUGCCUUCAGCACCAGUCACUAUGGCCGGUAUUCUGUACAAACAGGGUUCUGAUGGAUUAAAAGUAUGGCGAAAACGAUGGUUCGUCCUGUCGGAGUACUGCUUAUUCUACUACAAGAGUCAAGAUGAGGAGAAACUGCUUGGAUCAGUACUUCUACCGUCUUACAAAGUGUCUAGUUGCACUUCUGAAGACAAGGUUCUUCGCAAAUUUGCUUUUAAACUUGAGCACGCAAACAUGAGGACCUACAUCCUUGCAGCGCCCGACCAAGAUGCUAUGAUGAAAUGGGUUAAGGCGUUAACUAUGGCUGCACUUAUGCAAAACUUUAAUGAACAACCACAAAAACAAAGCGAGCGGACAGCUGCGAAAACAGAGGAUGCCGAUGAAAUACCAACUUACGCUAACGCUCCACCAAAACCACGACGUUCUAACGAAGGAUACAACUCACCUAGUCCUGAUAUGUACGAUCCAAACUAUGACUUACUCAAAAAGCCAGCAUCACACUACAGUCAAGGCACUAGUCACGCACGGUAUCAGGACCACGCAAACUAUCCGGCCAGUCCGACUCAAGAGCCCACAUACACUCGCAGUCCGCAAUCACCGCCAGUACAACAACAGCAAACACAGUAUCAAACAAAACGACCAACUUACGAUACGCAACAUCUAUCUCUGCCAUUAACAAACACUGUUACCGACAGACUUGAAAACAAUCAACCCAGUACAUCAAACAUGUACAAAUCUAAUGCUCAGUCACCUUAUCUUGAUAGGAGCCGAAGUCAACAAGUGGCCCAAGAAAAUAAGCAAGAGCAAAUAUAUGAGAGGCAACCUCAACGUAAUCCAUUCUUGCAAGAUAUAUCUCCACCGACUGAAGUUCCAUAUAAGGAAAAUGAAAGCCAAGCCAAGAAUAUUCGGUCUACAAAAGAAGAAAGAGCUCAAUCCGUUCAUAACGAAACCGUUGGCGAAAGCCGAAAUCAUUCAAAAUCGAAUCUCGAUAUGAACAUUUAUAACCGAGAUGUUUAUGGGGAACUGAGUUCAAGGCCUGGUAGAGCAAACAGUGCUCUUAAUGAACGGUUACUAGCAGAAAGACGAACACCUGAUGCCUACGGUAGAUCCCAAACUAUGGCUGCUUAUAACAAAGGAAAAAUUGGAGACUAUGAGGAUGUGUACGCACAAUAUGCAGACGAAAAUGAAUAUGGCAAAACAUAUGCAAAGUCGCCGAACACGUCGCAAGAACGUGAUGCUGUUAGCGUUUCUAGUCAUCAGCAACAACAACAGCAACAGCAGAAGUACACAGGAAGUUAUCCUCAAGAGAAAACGUUUACUGGACCUUCUGUGCUACGAAGGAAGAAGAUGCAAUCGAGUGGAAUUCAACCUCCAAUGCCAAGACCUCAUAGUGCCGAUUUCCUAGAAUAUGAAUCGAAGUCAGAAAUGUUAAACAAAACAGUCCCAACCCGGUCUGCUUAUGAUACUUACAAGGAACCACAACGACCUAAAUCUAGUCUGGACAUCAAUUCUUACUACGAUCCUAGUUCUGAUAGAUAUUAUUCUGAGGAAAGUUAUGCAGAGAAAAUGCGUCAAUCUGCUCAAUAUUUGCAACAAGUGGCAGGCCCAAUUGUAGCUCCUAAGAAUAUGGAGAUUCCAUUAGCCAAAUAUGCCAGUGGUUUAGCUAAGAAACAGCUGAGUACUGCGUAUUCACAGAUGACUAAUAAUAAUUACGAUGCAGAAUUUAGCUCAAACCGGGACAACGUUAGUUAUAGUUCGAAAUAUGGAGAUCUGGAGGCAUUGAAUUCUAACUGGACGUUGAAGGAGAAAGAGAACCACAAAGAUUACUUGAAUAGAAGUGGUAGCGUGAUGAGUGAUGGCUCCAAUGUGAGUGGGUAUGUUAAGGACGCAUCGAGGUAUGACGCCAAUCCCGAUGGUUUUAUGAGAUCAGCAAGCGCUAGAUUACCAUCUACAGGGACAGAGAAGGAGGGUGAAAAGAAAGUGCAACAGCGUGAAGAAUCCAUGAAGCGUUUGUUAGAAUGGAAGCAAAGGAUGCUGCAGUCGCCUUUAACAAGGAAAAGUACUCCUGCAACUAUAUCCCUAGCAAGGUCCUUAAACCAUAGUCGUCAGUCUUUAAGAUCAGACCAGUACAAUAAGCCCAAGACGUACACCAAUGCGUCAUACAAUAGCUACUCUUCUGACGAUGAAGCUUCUAUUUCAAUGUCAGGCGCGCAUACGGAAUCUGGUACAAAUAAUAACUCAGCAAAUCAACAAGCAUUGUCAAAGAAAGCUUUCCUUGGAAGCAAUACAUCAAUUGGUAGAAACAGUCGAGAUGCCAAUAUACCGGUACGAGCUGUAAGCCCGAGGGUAAGAUGGGUGGAAGAUAAACAGAUGUCGACAUCUCAGCAAAAUUUGCAUGCUAUGGCCUCAACGGAGGACUCUUGGGCUUCAGCUAGAUCACCAUCUAGAGCUUCCCAGCAACCAAUUAGUGCAGUCAGCCCAAGAGUACGAAGGAACACUGAGUCCGAUGAUAUGCAAAGAGGGGUGCAACGUCAGAAUCAAAAUGAGCAGUUAGGUGAGAUUCCUACUGCUGGAGAGCUACUGGGUCGAACUCACGAGGAACUGGUGUUGCUCUUGAUACAAUUACGGAGACGUCACGCGGCAACACACCGCGCCAUCGAGCAGUGCUGCGCUCAAAUCAGUAGUAUUGAGGACUGCCUCAGUUCUCUAAAGGCAAUGGAGCGUGAAGAGAGUCUUCAACGACUAGAAUUCCUAAAGAACCAGUUGAUGGAAUUAGAACAUCAAUACGAAAAAAGUAAACCUCUUGUUCAGUUAGUAGAUAACAUGGUCAAGCUGGGUUCUUUGUACAAUAGGCCUGGAUCUACUAUCGAACGGCUGGAGAGAAAUCAGAGGUUACGACAGAAGGUUCUGGCUGAACAUGCACUGGAACAGCAAAGAUGGCUAGAAAGUGUUGCCGCUGGUAAAUCACUAGAGACCGAAGCGGCUAGAGCCAGGGUAGCUGAACUAUGGGCACUGGAACAAGAACUCUCUGACGAAGCUGCUAUACUGCAGGGGCUAAAAACUGAUAAAGAUGCCAUCGAAAAUUUGCUUUCUGGGGUCCGCGGCAAAUUAGACAGCGUUCACAAAGGGGAAGUAUUGGCUGAUCUAAAUGCACAUACAAAUCGGAGACCAGCUCCCAACAACGGAGGUGGCGGCGGUCUCGAGGCGGAGCUGGCGCGAGUGCAGGAAAUGUUGGCGCACAAUUCUAAGGUUUAUAAGAAACUGGAACAGACUGUAGCGGACAAUGCUCGUCUGGAGCGAGAGCUACAACAGCUGCGGCGCGCGCUACAAGCUCGCCGCGCCGCUGGACAUCAACACCACGCUACUAAUCCCACUGCUAUGUUGGAAGACGAAGUGUCGCGGGUUCAGCAACUGGUGACGGCAUUACAGCGUCAGCGACAGGAACUGAGCCGCGCUGUGAGGCAUCUGACGCAACAGUCCCAUGCGCUACAGAACACACACGACUCGAUGCCUGGCAAACGCCGUCCCAUGUCAUCAUGGCAAGAGACCAACUUAGACACGGGUCAUACUAUCGACCACGGGCACUCGGAUUACGAUUACGACGUGGGUCCAUUAAUGCCUCCCGGACACUACGAGCCCUCUAACGUGGAGACCCCGCUGUAUGUGGACACUAGGGGCCCGGGCGCUGACGUCACGUCCCCUCUCAAUAGCGAGGACUUGCAACAUGCUGGAUUCAGUAACCUGACGAACGUUGAAAAGCAAGAAAUAAAAACCGUACGCAUAGUCAAACGUGAGAGCGAACGUCGUCAAAGGGAUAGGGAACGCUCUCUACAGCCGAUGUCAGACUGGCCUUCAAACAACAUCACCGCAAACUUAGACCAAUUCCUGGAAGAAGAACUCGUCCAAUCACUGAACUACACCCGAUCAUCAUCAGUACCACGGAACGACCAUUACGAACAAGUAUACGGAACCAAACAGGAUAUGAACUAUCUGCACCCAAAUAUGGAUCUCAGUCCAAAAUACAUCUCAAGCCCAUCUCUCUCCAACUACGAUUACUCUCAGAACAUGUCUUCCCUUAGCAGUAGUUACAACAAAAGCUACGAGAGGUCUGGCUAUGACCGUAACAUGUCUGUUUCCACUCAGUACUUGAACAGUCCUACAGACAGUUCUAGGACUUUGACUAACGAUCCUCUUUCGAAGACCAGCAGCGUGGUUAGUUUGACAAGGUCUCACAUGGAGCUGUCUCCGAUAUUCAAGAGCGAGGCCGCUAAACAGAUUAUAACGGAGAUGUCUGGCGAUGCGCCGAAGAACGGGUCCCUGCAUAGGAGGCAGGUGCCCAAGGAGAAGAGGAGGCAUUACACAGCACCACAUCAUCUCAGUGCUAAGACGUUAAAUGAAAUGCCGAAAGAAACGUACAAUCAGGAUAAGAUGGGUCGUUCAGUAGACGACGCGGACAUGGAGCGCGCUCUCCGCGGCGCGGCGCCCGACGUGGUCCGCUCCGCGCUGCCGCCGCAAGCGCUGCGGCUGGCCGACAACACCAUCGACCAGCUGCUGGCCGCGCCGCAGAAGAUACUCAUCCCAGAGAGAUAUAUACCCGAGAAGCCCCCAGAACUUUCGCCAGAGGAACAACAAAAAAGGCAAGAAAAAGUGGAAUCAAUCAAGAAAAUGUUGACUGGAACAUCGGCUGACCCCAGCAAGAGCCCGGACGCCGACGAGAAGCGCCAACGCCAGCACUUGCUCCAAAUGAACCAGAUACUCGCCAAGCAGGUCACUGAGAUGAGCAAAAUUAUCGCCGUUAAAGCGUUAGAAGAACUUCCCCAAAAUGGCCACGCUGAUAACUUGGACGAUCGUUCUCCGGACGUAGAACUGCCUAUCUAUCAACAACGGGACAACUUCUUUACAUAAACGCAAUUAAAUCCCCUUCAAUAUAAAAUCAAUAUUAAGAAUAAUCUACGAAUUGCAAGACUAUGAUCUGAAAUUCUUUUUAAAAUUUUAUGUCGAGAAAAUAGAUUAAAUGUUGUAUUAAAUAGAAUCAAUGUAUUACAGUGCGACCGAUGUAUCUUGGUACGUCGGAAAACGGCUGCAAAAUAUCGCCGUCUCCGUCUCAUACAACGGGUUUGUAUAUUUUGAUCUCGCUCCAACAAUCUUUUAUCCCUUUUCCGAAUUACCAAGUUACAUAGGCCGCACUCUACCUGGUAUGUCUGUCCUUGGCUUAACAAAUCUUCAGCGAGUGUAUAGUAGGUAUAAUAACCGACUAUUAUUACCACUAUUUAGACAAACAUAUAAUCAAGCUGAGCUUUAAAUACGAAUAUAUGUAAGCGGUCAAUGUAGAAUGUUCAAUUAAUAGAAAAAUAAAUAUUGUAAUCGAUUUUAUUCGUACGAUUAGCGAUGAAAUGUAAUUCUAUACACUAAUAUCUAUGUAUUUGAAACUACUUUUUUAAUAACUUGAUUAUUCUGAUUUUUAUGCGGCAUAGAAUUACUUUAAUGUCUUUGAAUAUUUAUUUAUGAAUUCGAAUAAAAAGUAUUAUUUGCUCGAUGUGAAGAUGCGUUCUCGAUGUGAAUUAUUUUGAACAAAAUAUUUGUUAGAAUAUUAGACAAUCGUUAAGCUUACGUGACAUAUCUAAAUAUAUCAUAUUGACUAGAUAUGUAUGCAUAGGGGUUUCUAUAGUACCAUUUUUCGUAGCGUUUGCUCAAUUUUGUGGACAUUCCUUAGUGAUGUUAUAUUUUGUACGAAUGAAUUUCUCAGGAAAAUUAGCAGAGUUAUUUUUGACGAAUAAUUUUAAACACCGCUAAUUUCAACGCUAUUUUAGAACAAUAUUGUGUAGUUCUAGGGGUAUAUUUUGAAAACAUAAUGAACUUGUUAGAACACUGACAGAUGGCAAAAUGUUUUCAUAAUACACCCCAAUUUCUAUUUUAUUCGAAGAACCUCACUUCAAUGGAAACAAUUUUGCUAAAAUAUACCUUAAAGUCUUUGAUAUAAAAACUAUUAUGUCAUAACGAAUUGUUUCCGCUGAUGUGAAAUUGACUUGACUCUCCUUUUUAUUUGAUUUUAGCGGAUUUUUUAUAACUUUGUAUAGAAUAUUGUAUGUAAAGGCCUUCAAUUGUUAUUUUAGAUUUAAGGUGAAUAGAGAAUUGUACCUAGAUGACAUUACGACAGUUGCCAUGUUAUUUGAGUAGGAAAUGCACAUUAAUAUGAAUUAAAAUAGUUUGUAGAAACGAAUGACAAUGCGUUUUAGUAUUAUUUCGUUAUUUUCACUGUACUUUAAUGUAAAUACAUACAUUAUUAAAUUAAUUUAAUUUAAAUGUGUUAUUAUUAUUGUAUUUAAGUUUCGUAUAAAUAGUUCGUCAAUUACUUUUGUACCUAGUUAUGUAUACUUAUGUAAAAUUGAAUUUAUUGUAACACGCUUCAUACGAUUGGGUAGUUAAAGCAUUAAAAUGUUUUGUAACACAAAUAUAUGAGUCAUGCGGUUAUAUUUUUUUUUGCUUUUCCAAGUCACUCAAUACAUGAUAAAAGUAAAAAUAAAUAGGCUUAAUUCUUGAUAACUUGCGGUCUACAAUUUACAAUUAAAUUAACAUUUAUUUCUUAUUUCUUAUUGAAAUGUACCAAUACAGUGUGAAGUUGAAGAGUGAAAAAUUGUGUGAUUUAGAUACUGCAGUCGAUGUUAGGUAGAAAAAAUUGUGUAGUUAAUAUAUCUAUGUACACAUAUGUAUUUAAAAGCUUUAAUUAUAACUGCCUGGAUUUCACAAAAAAUAGCUUUUAGAACUUCCAUCUCUAUACAUACCUCAAAUUUAGCUGCUGUAUACAUAUAAAAAGUAAAGGAAAAAAUAGGAAUUGGGCAUUUGAAAUAAUAUCAAUAUAAAAUAUAUGUGUGAUAGUUAAAGUUUCCAUUCAUUCAUUUUCAUUAGGGUAGAGCCUAUUUUGACAGCCUGUGCUUUUAUCAAAAAGCAUUAAUAUGCUUAUAAUUAUGCUUAUAUAAUUAUGUAUUCGGGCAUUACACUGACAACAUAUUGAUUUACUCGCUCUACCUUACCUACCUAAACAUUUUACCUAUCACUUUACCAAAAUUCACUCUAUGUUAUCAUAAAAACAUCACACCUUAUCCAUUUAUUGAGCUAUAAUCACAAUUAAACCUAAAUCAUUUUUGUAUGUUUCUAAAACGAUGUCCUUUAAAUUGAGUGCCAUAAAAUGCAUUUUAUUGAAUUUCAUAUAACAUUAUUUCGUUUCAGAAAACGUUUUCUCAACGAUUACAUUGACCUCUUCCAAAAGUUAUGAAGUCUGAUAUCAUCUGUUCAUAAACAUCCCUUUUUAAUCUAUUGUCAAUUAUAGAAUUCUUUAAACAAGCAUUUGUACUUUAUCAAGUACAUGGGGCCUAUCAUCUCUUUUAUCUGGGCUGUUGCUAUUACGAAAACAAGUUAGCGACUGGUAGAGAAUGCGUCUGGCAUUAAAUCCUGGCGGAUCUGUACUUGUUUGUAUGAGAAGAAUUUAAUAAAUAAAUAAAAUAAUAGCGCUCUACAUUGCGUGUAGCGACACCUCACUUUAAAAUGUGGUGACAGACCUCCAAAAAAACUUCCAAAAAACUAUUUUCUACUUAAAGAUUCCAAAAGUAGGUUACUUAUUUUACAAACUGGAUCUUCCCGAAUUAUUGUAUCGUAGAAAAUAUUUAUAUCUACCUAAUAAUGAAUUAUAGUAGAAAAUAUUGUCAAUAUUCCCAAAGUAUAAACUUAUGAACUUAAUUGAAAGUUUGAUAACUUUUUGAUUUAAAAAAUAUACUUACCUAAAUACGAGAAUAUACCUAACGGACUAUUAAUGUCUGUUAAACAAUUUGAUAUUAUAUAAAACACCUAUCAGUAGAAACUUGUUGAAAAUAGCCUUCCUAAAAUAUUUAUCGCCUUAUGAGUAGACUGUUGGUACUUAUCAGAGAAUCUUCUGACGAAAUCAAAAUUAUAGAAGUAUAGAAAUAUAAACUGUAGUCUUCGUUGUUUAUGAAAUGACUCCGAACUUAAAUGGGAAAUUAUUUAUGAUGAUUAUAAUUACUUAUUAUUUAUUUAUUAAAAAAGUAGAGCAUACAAUUACAAACGGAGUGAGCGGCAUAGUAGUUAUAAGUCUAAAGGUCAAUUUGGAUAUCGUGUAAGGACAAUGAGAAGAAAAUUGAUCAUUAAUAUAAGACCAUCACAAAAUACCUAAAUUCGUAACCGAUUAUAUUAACAAGAAGUUGAUGUUAGUUCACUUAAAUCAGCUCUAUUUUCAUAAAUACUAUGCCAGCUUACCUCGUCAAUGCCUAACAGAAUUGCCCCCAUUAGAAAUAAUAUUUUAACUGCCUUAAUAUAAGUUAUCGCGUAACCAUCUACAGGGAAUCGUGCAUAUUGUUUUAUAUUAUUGACUCUAUCCAAUUAUACAUCAAUCCUUGUAUAGCGCGUAUGUUGUUCACAUCUGAAAAUAAAUUAUAUGCUAAAUAA